UGUUAUUGCAUACAUUCUUUGAUGGCUGGGUUCGAUUCCUUUCGGCGGAAAUUGGUUUUUCAUUUAUUUUUUAACUCUUGUGUCUUUCUUUGUAUAUUCCUAUUUUGCGUCUUAAAAGUCAAUGCUAGUAUUCUUUUGAUUUUACCGUUCACAUUUUGGAUAUUGAAUGCUGUGAAAAUUAUUUUGUGUUGUAGCCUAGUUUUUCCCUUAUUCAAGAUUUAG